AUGGCUGAUUCAGAAUCAAAUGACUAUUCCAAGUAUGGGAUAACGGAUGUCCCCAAAUUCACAACUACUACAGCAUUGGGGAAAGUUUGUUUUUAUUUCUUUUAUUGCUGUAAAUAUUUUUGUAUAUUUUUUCAGAGGAAAACUGUUGCUGGCCUGUUUCUCAAAGAAUGGGUGUUUAUCAUAGUGUCACUGAUAAACAUCCUGACAGCCAUUGCAUUGACACUGUUUCGAAUGGUGGAUGUUCUUGAACACAGCCCAAACUCUCCAGAUUUUGCCUUCACCCUGCUUUUAUUGAUUAAUGCUGGUUUCAGCCUGUUUUAUGUUUUCCAUGGAGUAUUGAGGGAAAGGGUGUACGAGCUGUAUGCACUGAUGGCCGCCAUCUUAGUCGUCAUCAUGUACUGCAUUCUAGAAUAUUGGGUGUUUAACCCACAGGGUCAGACAACAGUAAAAUUGAUACGAGUGAUAAUUGCUUGUAUACUGGCUCCACCAAAUAUCAUCCUAGCCUAUGUUGUGUCCAGAAACUUUGGCUACCUGGAGUUCAGAAUUGUAGGAGCCUCCCAGUUUCUCCAGAGGCUCUACAGGCAGGCAGCCAUUUUCUCUUGCCUGCUAAAAUUUGACCUUCAGGCAUCAUGUAGCAUUGUGAUUCUUGCCUUGAAAGAUGGAACCACCAUUUCACUAGUUGAGACAGUCUCGCUGGCUGUUGGCCUGCCAUUUUCCUUAUUUUGGUGCUUACUUGGCUGGAUAGCGCUGAGAAAUGAACAAAAAAGCCUUGCUGUUGUAUUUGCUGUGUUGGGAAUUAUGAAGCCUGGUUACUAUAUUUAUAAGAUUGUAAAUGAAUACAUUAAACUUGAGGAUGUAACUGAGCCAACACAAAAUACAGUUGUUUAUUCAUUAUUUGCUGCAGUGGCUAUUGGUCUUCUGGUCUGGCUGAUGUUGAUGGUAGAGCUUGUAUUUGUGUACAAUGAUUUUGGAAAAGGUCUUAAAGAAAACAACAGACAAGUGGUCAGCGAAAGGUCACAUCUGCUAGCAUCCAACAGAUCAACAUGGAGGAGUCAGGAUUAA